UAUUGGAGGUAAUAGUAUAUGGCUACUUGCUUUCAAACUACAGGCUGACAAUGACAACGUUGAUGGCGUUCAUUCAUACUCUGUCGAAGGGGUUUUCAAUACCCCAUUCUGCAAAUAGAUGGCACGGGAAGUUACAAUAGGUACAAUCUUAGACUUUUGUUACAUUCUUUCGAUGUGAUGUCCCCUUGAACAGCAGGGCUACUGUACAUAGAAGAUGUCUGUAUUACGCGGGGUUGACUGCAACCCCGCAGCUAGAAAAUCGCCUGGAGAGAUUCAGCUGUUCAUAUUUGCCGAAAAUGCAUCCAUUACUUGUGUGCAUAGUGCGUCAUCCGCUUCUCGGAAUGGGUAUACAGCGGUAUUGCUGAUGGGGUAUGGGGCGGUAGAUAUAUACAUCGAUCCCAAAGCCAGAGACCAGUGUUGGCAUGAAGCUCAACUAUGCACUGAUUAAACAUUAAGCAUCCAAGAAAGAAGAAGAUGGAUGCAGAGAUUGCUGAAUUGAAACAGGAGGUCUCACUCCUCCGUAAGGAACUAUCGCGAGUGUCAGACGAGGCAGAAGUGCGCAAAGUACACUUCAAAUAUGGCUACUAUCUUGACAAAUGCUUAUACAAUGAAGUCGUGGACAUGUACGCAGACCAUCCGGAUGCCUAUGUCGAGUUCCUCGGGUCACGAUACCGCGGUAAAGCAGGCAUCAAAAGAUUAUACAACGGCCGAUUCCAAAGCACGUUCGUUAAGGGCCGUAACGGGCCUGUCCACGGGUUUCUCCUUGACCAUAUCAUGAUGCAGGACAUCGUGGACGUGGACCCAAGCGGCACCCACGCUUGGUGUCGGAUGCGCGCCUUGAUGCAAGCUGGCACGCAUAAAUCAGUGCGUGAGACGCACCCGCGAGGCCACGUACAAUGGUGGGAAGGCGGCCUCUACGAGAACGAGUAUCUAAAGGAAGACGGUGUCUGGAAGUUAUUUCGCUACCGCUACUUCCCAUUCUGGCACGCCGAGUUCGAGACCGGCUGGUCCCUGACAAAGGAGAAUUACGUGCCCUGGCCCACGAAGACCUACCCUGAAGACCCAUGGGGCCCUGACGAGAUCAUCGACCAGAAGAUGCUGUGGCCUGAUACUCGUGUCGUGCCUUUCCAUUACCCUCACCCUGUGACUGGCAAGCGCGUCAGCGACGAUGACUUGCGCGCCCCUAACUAUGGCCAGGACUCUUCCGAGGCCGAGCCACCGUUGUCUCUGGCUUUACCGGAGGGACAGGGGAGAAAGGGAGAGGGGAAAGCAUGGAGCAACGAGGGCUCGGUCAGGGUUCUGCCUGAAUUGGUGGAGAACCCUUGACCAUGAUGGUCAUGAAUACAUAGCCUAAAGCGGGCAGUGUUGGGGAAGAGGGGGUUUCUAUGCGACGCAGGAUUUUUGAAGCGGUAGUUGGAGAAUCAAAGCGAACUAGUGGUAGGAAACACGU